AAGCAUUGUUGAAUUUAUGGACGAUCGUCAAAAACUUGCAUUUAUUGAGGCAUAUUUCAGUGCUGGCUGGACAAAUCGUCUUGAAUUAAUUCUUCCAACUGCCCCAACAUCUAUUCCUUUAGAUCAAUUUAUUAAUAGUCUACCAAAGAAUGUCAUUAAUCAACAAGUAAAUAAAGUCAAAUCAACGGAGCCUACACACCACCAGCAACGACAACAAAAUACUAAUCAAAAUACUACUCAAAAUAACCAUCAAACUUCAAUUCAGCCUCAACAACAGUCUUCUGCUAAUGUGCAAAUUACCACACAAAUAAAUGAAAAGUACAAAACUACACUUUGCAAUUCCUUCGUUCAUUUUGGAGAAUGUAAGUAUGGAGGUUCUUGUCUUUUUGCUCACGGGCAUAGCGAAUUAAGACUUAUGCCUAAAUUCUCCGAAAAUGGAAUUAAAAUUGGUAGUGGAGACUGUUGUGGAAAUAAAUUCAAAAGACGGCAAAGUGAAGAUUUUGGGCAUCAUGGAGGGAGACACAAUGCAAAUUAUCGAACAUCUGUCCGCAAAAUGUGA